CUUAAGUAACAAGAAAAGCUGUGCUCAGCGCUAAUCAAAACGUUUGUUCGAAAUUUUCUUGAAACCAUAGUUUGCAUUGAAGUUGAGGGUUGACUCGAAUCUUUUUCAAAUGGGGAAGUGAUAAUUCUCAGUCACUUUUCAGUGGAAAAAAUAGAGGAUUAUUCGGCGCGUCAUCGUGGAAAGAAACGACAGAAAGAGGGACGAUCGAGAAAAUGUCGGACAACACGUAUAGCGAGGGUCGAACUCUAGAAGACACUCUGCUGUCGUAUUUUGACAUUUUUCAUAGUAGAAAUAUGGUACGCCGAGAUCGUCUAUUUCCACUUGUCGACGCGCUGAUGGACCACGAAUCUCAAAAUAUUAAGAAAGAACUCGACACGUGGAUAAAACAGAUCAAAGCGUCACAAAGAAGAGUAUUUCACUGUCCCUGGUGUACGUGUGUGUUUGAAAAUCCCGUCACACUAACGUGUGGUCACACUGUUUGUCAGGAAUGCCUUCGAAGAAAAUCGGGGUUGAUCGGUGAAGACUGUUCGGAGAAGUCGUUAAAUUUCUGCCUUCUUUGUGGAAAUAAUUUAUUCAAUGAAGGAAAUCGGUCGGUGAAUGUUAUCUUGUCCGAUAUAAUUACAAAACUAUUCCCUGAUGGAGGGAAAAGUGCGGAAGCAAAGAAACUUGGCCAAAGUCAGUUAAUUUCACAAUGUGCGAAGAAAGCAGUGGAAACAUUUUCAGUCGCUCUUCACUCGAAACCGAAAGAUUAUGAGUGCCUCUGCCUGCGGAGUGAUGCCUAUUUGAAAUUGAAUCUGCAUUAUUUAGCACUCAGAGACGCCAACAGUGCUUGCGAGUUACGACCAGAUUUGCCAGAUGCUUUUCACAGAAAGGCGAAAAUUUUAACGGAAAUAAAAUCAUGGGAUGAUGCAGUCUUGCAGUUUCUUCGCUGUGCUGCUCUUAAUCCAACCAGGCCUCGUCGUGACGAGUUGACUGAAAGUUUAUUUAGACUAUUUACAUCCGUGACUUUGACGAAACUCGAGGAAAAGGUUGCUGCGAGAAAGAUUGCAACUAAUAGUGCUGCAGAGGAACUCCAGGAAGGAAAAUCAGAUACUGAAAGUAUUGGAAGCCUGAGUUCCUCAGAGGAAGAAAGCAGCACGAAUGAGCAAGAGAUUGCUCAAAGCAGCUGCGAGAAAAUUAUCAUUAUCGAAGUAGCUGAAUUACAGUGCUACAUUUGUGGCCGUUUACUUUUUUAUCCUGUGACAGUCCAAUGUGGUCACACCUUCUGCAAGGAAUGCAUCAAGGACAGUCUUGAGUAUGGACCUAAAUGUCCAAGUUGUGGAACAAUCUUGAAUGAUUCAAAAACGAGUCACUGGAAUUUGACCGUGGUACUGGAUGGAUUACUGAGAAUAUAUCUAGAGGAGCCUUACCGUGAGAGGGAGGAAUUUCACUCGCAGGAAGUGGAGAUGUGGACUAGGGUAGGUAUUGACCAGAAUGUAGAGGUGCCAAUACUAGUUUGUACCAUAGUAAUUCCACAGGGGCGAAUGGAUCUCACCCUGUCCCACCCCUCCCACCGAGUCAUGGUGCGGCGUUCUGUUGAAUGGGGCUCCCAGAUGUUUGGAAUAUGUUUGCCUGACGAAGACAAAGGUUUCACCGAUUAUGGAACUAUUGUCGAGGUACAGGCUACUGCAAGCUUCCCAGCUGGAAAAUUGGUGGUACAAGCAGUUCCCAAACGAAGUUUCCGUGUUGUUACAAGAAGUGUUUCGAAUGGUUGCCCGACAGCCAAGGUUGAAUGGGUGGAAGAUGCAAAAAUCGACAAUUGCGAUGCGUUACUGCAUUUGAAAUGGUGCAACUCGUUGAGCCAUCAUAUGCUGAAGAGAUGGUUAGCUACGUUACCACAUGACGAGAAAGUUUGCCUUGAGAACUCUUUAGGACCUGUUCCGCCAUGCGAUAGUCAUUUGCUUCUAUCACCAAAUGGCCCACCCUGGCUGUGGUGGUCCAUGGCAGCAAUACCUAUUUCAGCACAAGAAAAACUGAGGAUACUGCUGAUGCCUGGAGUAGCUGACAGAUUACAGAGUAUGCAAAACUAUCUCGAAGCCUUGCUAAAAUCGAACAACGAUCAGGAAGAAAGAGAUGUGAAGCAACAAGCCACCGAUGGUUGUCACGCCUUGACCUCUUUGGACUCAUCCUUUCGUGAAAAUACUGUCAUCUGAGAGUCUGAGGCAGAGGGAAAAUAACAAGUGAUUGACAUCAUUAUUUUGCGCGAAGCCCUGCAAUUAUACUUAAGUAGGGUUUAGUCCCCGUUUAUCAGAUCCAUCAAGUUGCUGUGAGUACAGCCAUAUCAAGGAUUUGUCGUGAUCUUAGUUUAAAUCCCCCUUUCGUUUUUUUUAGUUCAAGUAAAAUCAGGCCAGGAAAACAGGAUAAUAAAUUAUAGCCAAGGAUGGAUGCUUAUUCAGUUGAUUUUGCUUUUAUGUUAAUCGUCGGGUCGUAAACCGUUUUUGUGAUAUUUUGUUUCUUUGUUUUUUUUUUUGGUUUUUCUCUCUGUGUGGUUCUUUCCAGAAACAGAGUCACUGGUCAGUUAUCAUCAACUUAAAAACGAGUUGAAGAGGGUCAGCGGAUGAACAUGCCACAGAAUAUAUCGAUUUCUAUUGAUUACUUUGAUAUAUAAUAAGAAUUGUUGUAAUAUUACGAUAAAAUUUCAGGAAAAUAUUUAUGAAUGAAACGUAAAAUGGUAAUCACAUAGUGAAGUUAUGAUACGUAUCUUACAUCAACCAGGUGUCACCAGAUGAUUUAUCAGAAGGGCUGCGAAGUACAGAACCCUCUUCGCAUGAACCACACCGUGAAAUUAAACUCGCGAAACCUUA